AUGUCUUAUUCUCACAUGGGCUUUUCAUACCCGACAGCGCCACAGUUUCUGAUGGCGUCCAGUCCUCUGAGCGCGUGUCUGGAGCCGUCCACGCCCCCGUCCCACAUAGUCCAGUGCCCCACGGGACUGACCCCGGGGUCCAGUGUCUACAGAGACCCGUAUCCACAGAGACAGACGCACUACAGCAGCAGCUCGAGCGCGAUGUGCCCCGGGGGAGCUCCUGACUCAAAGGACGGUGUCUCUGUUGGCUCCUCUCAGACCGCGGCGUAUUAUCCGUACGAUUGCUCGUUUGGACAGUUUCCCUAUGACAGAUUCGGGUACAGCUCCUCUGACGGAGCCGCCCGACGGAAGAACGCCACGCAAGAGACGACGAGCACGCUGAAGGCCUGGCUCCAGGAGCACCAGAAGAACCCGUAUCCCACCAAAGGAGAGAAGAUCAUGUUGGCCAUAAUCACCAGGAUGACGCUCACACAGGUGUCCACGUGGUUCGCCAACGCGCGCAGGAGGCUGAAGAAGGAGAACAAGGUCACGUGGUCUCCUCGCGCCUGUAAGAGCUCGGAGGACAGAGGCGGGGAGGACAGCGACGAGGCGGAGAAGCCCCUCCCAUGUGACCGCGAGACGUCAGAGCAGCCGUGUGUGGAUCUGCAGAGUGACCUGGACGACUUCGACCUGCUGGAAUCUGACGCUUCCGAUUCAGAACCUAAACCUCCGUUUCUCCGCGAGGACCCAGACUCCGCCCCUCUGUCUCACAACGCGGACGCACUCCAGGAGCAGAGACUGUCCCCGGACUGCCACGCCCUCACCCCUGUCCCGCCGCAGACCGCCUUCUACCCCGAGCUCCGGAGCUCCGCCAGCGGCAAGCCCAAGAUCUGGUCCAUCGUCCCGCUCGAGGAGGAGGAGCCAGACUACCCGGCGUGCAUGCUGUCCCGCGUCGGCUCGCUGUCUCCGCGCUACACCUCCGCCAUGGCUCUGUCCAAAGCCGAGAGGCAGCGGGAGUCGCCCGUGGCAACGCUCCGAGAAUGGGUGGAUGGAGUUUUUCACGGGCCGCCGUUUCUCCAGGCCAAGUCUCCGGGAGAAACGUGGAAAGUUCUACAGGAAAAUGUGACGGACAGUAACAGGACGCAAGGACCGCUGUGA